AUGGAUAGAAUAGGUGCUAACCAAGAACAUUGGAGAGGAGUAUGGCCAGCAGCGCAAUACUUAGCGGAAUUUCUGUGCGGCAACUGUGGAAUUUUCGUUGGCAGUGUUUGCCUGGAACUGGGUGCAGGCACGGGUGUCGUUGGUCUGGCAGUUGCGAAACUUGGUGCUCGUAGCGUCAUCUUGACUGAUUAUCCCAGCAAAGAGGUAUAG